CUUUUACGUUCGGAGUCCACAGCACGGAAGUUUGUUGACAGAAGAUGUUUCGUUUGGGAAAGUGGGUUUUUCGGAAAGUCUCCCAAAGUUUGAGUACAGAUCAAGAUGCGUUGCGCGAAGAAAUUCAAAGAUUGCAACAAAGUCUGUUACAGCAGCAAUCAUUGGCGGCCCAAGAAAAGUUAGAAAACGACAUGUUGACUAAGCAAAGAAAAAAAGAAGAAAAUAAGGAGACGGAUUGUUUCAAAAAAACUGGCACAGUUACCAGUGUACAUCCGCAGAAUUUCAUCGUCGAUGGAAUUUACUACGUUCCGAAGCAGUUGCUUAAACAGGUACCUAGUGGUGUUCACGUUGAAGAGAAUACGCGACUUGAUCUGCUGGUUUAUCAAAAACUUGAUCCUACUACAAAUGAGUGUUCGACGAAGGUGGUAAAAAUUCUCGCCGUACACGAAGGUGACUGGGUGGUAGACGAAAUGACCGAGGAAACCUCCAUCAUAAAGAGCGAAGCGUCUGUGGCACAUGAGGACGGUGGACCUGUGUACUACGAUCGAACCGAACGCCACGAACCAGGCAAAGUUAUUAGCCAGGACCGCAACACAAUCACGGUGGAAACCAACACAGAUGAUGCAAUCAUUGUUGAGCGCGACAAAACACACAUCACGUUCGUUCCGGAAAUCGGUGACUACGUAAUCCUCUCCUGCGACGUCCAAGUAGACCGUCGUUAUAUCGAUCUAAAGGGGGAAGUGUUGGACGUCAAGGCACUCAGACCAUCUCGCAUGAUGUCCGGCACCGGGAACGUCGUAGUAGCCAACGGGAAGGCUGGUGAAGUACGUUCAAAGGACGAAUACUUUUUUUACAACAAUGCUUCGCUGGUCGCAAACUACACCCCGAAGGUUGGAGAUACGGUGCAGUAUCAGGCUGUAGAGAAUCAAUCUGUAGCACGUCGGUGCAUCAGCGUGAAGCUUGUUGGUGUAUCCCUUCAACGCCAAAACGAUGCGAGGGCAGGUGAUCAAAAAAAGGUCACUCCAUUACCUCAGCCUAAGCGUCCUACCAGUGAUCUGUACGAAGACAAACACGGUUUGCGCUUGAUUGGUGAGUUUGAGGUCGAAUUCAAAGACAUUGAUGAGAUGAUCGUGCGAACGGUAACGAUUCGGAAUGAGUCUGACAAAAAGCACAAGAUAGAGAAACUUAUGCUGCCAUUAAACACGUCACAGCUUCGCUUAGUCGAACCGUACACUCACAGCCUUAUUUGGCUGUUUCCUGGCGAAACGGCCGAGUAUCGCUUUGAAAUCACCGGCAACCAUUACGGGCGUAGCCAGGAAAAGUGUGUGUGGUGUUUCGGCGGCGGUUUCCGCAUUGGAAGAUCGUUCCUCAUACGCGUCAGCGAUGAGGACAUGAUUCCUUCGGAGAUUCCAAACGUCCCUCGUACGGACAGCUUUUUUAAGCGCAAGCUCGCCGCUUUUAACAGUUCGCAAAGGAAGGCGACCCAGAUCAUACCCGGAAGAAAGAUAACCAAAACACCCAACUUUGUAGCGAGGCAAAUUCCUCACUUUGAGGUGCCGUUUGAGUUGUUCGAACUGGUUGCUGGGACAGAACAAGAUUCGGAAAUUAGGGACAGCCUCAACGAGCCACCAUACAACAUGAAAGAUGCACUAGGACCGGCCAACUAUCGGCGACAGUUCCACACGUUCCUGUACCUCGAAGAGAUUCACCAACGAAUCGAGUUCCGGAAAUAUGACCAGGAGAAGGCUACGUUUGCACGCCACGAGCAGUUUUUAACUCUGUCCGUGCCGGGUGUUCACGAGUCACGGCACUCGUUGAUUGUUGGCAACGUGGCAUACGCGAAGGCACCGGAAGGCAGGAUCAGCAGCGAUCAAAGCGUUUUUCAAGGCGUCAUACACAAAGUGUCGCGGGAUAAAGUUUACUUGUUGUUCAACACCGCAUUUCAUCAGAACUAUAACGGGGAAUCUUAUCAGGUUCAUUUUGAUUUUGGGCGAGGAGUGUUCCGUAAGCAGCACCAUGCACUGGAGGAGAUAACAAAGGUGAUGGGAUCCGAUUACUUGUUCCCACAGCGUAUCCAGUUUAACGAACCGAAGCUGGAUGUGCAUCUGAACGAGAGAGAAGAAUUGGUGUUAAUGGACGGCGAUGAUGAGGGGAUACUUCGAUGGUACAACGACAACUUGAACGUAUACCAGAAGGCGGCCAUUGUGAACGUGUUGCGUUCCGAAGCUCGCCCUUUUCCAUAUAUUAUUUUUGGACCUCCCGGAACGGGUAAAACGCUCACGACAGUUGAACUUAUUUGUCAGCUAGUGGCAAACAUGAAGGACUGCAGAAUAAUCGUCACCACACCUUCCAACAGUGCGGCAUAUCUAAUUACGCAACGCCUUGCACAAACCGGUUUGCUGGAGCCAGGAGAAUUCGUACGGCUCGUCAGCAACACUCAGGUAGAACGGGAACAAAUUCCUCCCGACCUUGCCGGCUACUGCGCCACGGUAAGCAUCAGUGACGAGAAAAAUGCCGUAGGAGAGGACAUAAUCACCACCGCGAGUGGAUUGCGCAUGAAGCUGCAGGCGAAGCACAUCGGUUGCAAUCGCGUAACGAUCAGCACCUGCAACUGCAUCGGUACCCUGCUAAACCUACGCUUUCCCCCGAACCACUUUACGCACAUUAUCGUCGACGAGGCGGGCCAGUGUCUCGAACCGGAAUCGCUCAUCCCGAUCUGUUUGAGCAGCCGCACCGGCACUGUGGUACUGGUUGGCGAUCCCCAGCAGCUCGGGGCCGUCACCAUGAAUCGAUAUGCUAAAGACCACUUCGGUACAUCGCUCGUGGAGCGAUUGCUGCAGUCCACGCCAAUGUACGCUGUAGAUAAGCUCCGGUUUCCCGAGGCGGACGGUUAUGAUCCGCGGCUGGUGAGCAAAUUGCGCAUCAACUAUCGCUCAAUUCCGUCAGUGCUGUCCGUAUACAAUGAUUUAUUCUACGGUGGGAAGCUGAUUCCCUUUCACUCGGAGAACACUGCUUCGGACACGAAGCUGCUGGGCAUCCUGCACCGCCUCUUGGAAGUGAAGCGUGAAACGCCCGACUGCGGAGUAUUUUUCCACGGUGUCGACGGACUCAACCUACAGUCAAGUGACAGCCCCUCGUGGUUUAAUCCAUCGGAAGCGAAGACUGUGUUCAGGAUGGUAGUGAAUCUGUUCCGCAAGGGUUAUGGACACCAAGAUAUCGGGAUCAUUACGCCGUACACGAUGCAGAUAACUUCUAUCCUGCACAUUUUUAGUGCAGCCCAAUUUAACGAAACACCGAAAGUCGGCACUGUCGAAGAAUUUCAGGGUCAGGAGCGUAACAUUAUUAUUGUGUCCACGGUUCGCUCAUCAUCAAUCUAUAUGGAGCGGGAUAAGAGGGCAGCACUAGGCUUCGUGGCGAACGAAAAACGAAUCAACGUGGCUAUCUCACGUGCCAAGGUCGCCUUGAUUGUUGUCGGCAAUCCGAAGCUGUUGUGCCUUGACCCGAUUUGGAAGCAGAUCUUGGAUCGUGCCAUCAACAACGGAACCUAUGUCGGAAUUGCGUGCAAGGAAACCACUAAGUGGAAAGACAAAGUUCUUACAACAGACGAUCUGUAGGAACGAUAAAACAUAUUUUUUUAAAACGAAACGUACUGUGAAUUUUUUUGCAGUUUAUUAAUAUUUCCACUCAAGUAUGAAAUAAAACAUGUUUUGUACCAAAUGCGUACCA